AUGUUUGCUGAACGCCUUGUGAUUCCAGCGGAAUUCCGGAUGCGUUGCCUCCACCAUCUUCAUCGUGACCAUCCGGGGAUCCAGCGCAUGAAGGCGAUUGCGCGAAGCUAUGUGUGCUGGCCGUCGAUUGACGCAGACAUCACUGCGCAUGUCAAAGCAUGCAGCAGUUGCGCAGCUGCAGCCAAGAGUCCGCCCAAAUCAGCGCCGCUGUCGUGGCCCAAAUCAACGCACACAUGGCAGCGUGUUCACAUCGACUACGCUGGCCCGAUCGAGGGCGAUUACUUCUUGCUGGGCAUCGACUCGCAUUCCAAGUGGGUGGAAAUCGUCCGAACCAAAUCGAUCACUACCUCAGCUACCAUCUGUAUCCUGCGGAGUCUCUUCGCUCGCCUUGGCAUGCCCGAGACGCUAGUCAGUGAUAACGGUACGCAAUUUACCAGUGCCGAGUUCGCUCAGUUUUGUUUGGAGAACGGUGUCAAUCACGUGACCACAGCGCCGUUUCAUCCGCAAUCCAACGGGCAGGCAGAACGCUUCGUGGACACCUUCAAGCGAGCAAUUAAAAAAAUCCGUGAGGGGAAAGGAGCCAUCCAAGAGGCACUGGACACUUUCUUGAUGACCUACCGUUCCACACCCAAUCCUUCAGCUCCACAAGGUAAAUCUCCGUCCGAAGUUAUAUUUGGGCGCAGAAUACGGACCAGCCUGGACCUACUUCGUCCGCCAACCGUUCCGGAAGUGAACGACCACUCAGGAUCAAGGUCAUUUAAAAAAGGUGAUCCAGUCUACGCCAAGGUGCACACCAACAAUUCCUGGAGAUGGGCAGCUGCGGUAGUCUUGGAGCGAAUUGGAAACGUAAUGUUUAACGUGUGGGUGGAAGACAGGCGUAUGCUUCGGUCGCACAUUAACCAGUUACGUAACCGAACCAGCGCCGGCAGAGUGGCAACAUCCGGGACGACCCCGUCCAGGACAAGCAAUCAACAAUUGCCGCUGGACAUCCUUUUGCAAGCCUGGAAUCUGCACCAACCAAGUCAGCCUCAACCAUCAUGUCCUUCUGCACUUCCAACACCAUCUGCACCAGUGGCACAGAUGCCAUCAUCGCUUGCUGCACCUUUCGAUCAAUCGACACCAUUGCAAGCCACGUCAGUUCAACCGAGCGAAGUCACCGGAUUUCGUGAACCGUCGACGUCAACGUCCAGAUUCACAUCGCCCUUCGAAUCAAGUUCUGUACCGUCAAGUACAACCGAAACAGCUGUCCAGGUACCUCGCCGCUCUUUGCGCAAUCGAAGACCGCCGAUAAGGUUUGACCCGUUCCAGCUGUAUUAGAAGGGGAGAUGUUGGGAACCACUGAACCACCAACAACACUACCAUCACCAACACUGCUUGCUCACUGGUAGCAGCUCGUCUGCUACCCGUUGAUGCGCGAUAGCAAGAACAACAACAAUACUCUGCCAUUAUGUUUUGUUAUGUAUUCAGUCCGCACGCUUCUUGCGAAUGUUUGUUUAUGUUUUAGUUCGUCUUCUAAUAAAGUUUUUAAUAUGUUUAUUUUGUAUGUGCGCGUUUAACUUAUGUGCAACGAUGCACUCGAACACCCCGUCGGCGCGUACA